AUAAAGUAAGAGUCAUAAAUAUUAUAACUUAUUUUGAAUAGAUUCAUUAUAUAUAUAUAUAUAUAUAUAAUGAUUUAUUGCUCAAAUUGACAUUUUUGAAAGUUUGAAGAUGCUUGUUUGUUUCGUUUGAGGUUGAGCUAAGAGACGUCCGUUUUAAUGUUAAAAAUUUUUCGAUUAUUCAAUUGCAAUUGUUUUCUUACAUAUUUCUUUUAAAUAUAUCACUUUUGACGAGGUACGAAAAUAUAACAAAAAUUGUUGACUCGCUAAAAAUGACUAGUAAACAAACAACUAUAUCCUUUCCAAUACGAAAAAAGUGUUCUUUUUAUGGUACCAAACAAAAUGACACGAAAGAAGAUUUUUCUAACGCGACUGUGAGAAGUACUCCUACAAAAUAUAUACCAACAGUAAAGAAGAUAGUUACUUUAAGUAGCAGUGAAUCUGAAUCUGAUUCAGACUCAGAGAAUGUUAAGACAAAUAAGGUGAAUACUAAAGAAAAUAGAAGUAAUGAUAGUGUUAAAACACCAAGACGUGUACGAAAAUCUGAUGAUUCUCAAGAUGAUCAUAGUGCUUCACCACCAAAGCAAAGAAAACAGGAAAGAUCUUAUUCUUUAACUCCAUCAACUCUCUUAGACAAACUUGAUUUAUCAUUAGAUGAAAAAAAAGAAAAACUUAUUCCAAAAAAAUUAUUUGGGUCAGAUAAAUAUCGUAAUGCUCGUAAAGCUUUACAUAGUUCUGUUUCUGAAAAUUUGCCUGGAAGAGAAACAGAGUUAAUUAAAUUACAAGAAUUUAUUCGAGAACAUUUAGAAAAUGAAUCUUCUGCAUCACUUUAUGUUUCUGGACCUCCAGGUACUGGAAAAACUGCUUGCCUUUCUAAAAUAAUCCAACAACCAGAAUUUAAUUCAAAAUUUAAAGUCAUUUAUAUAAACUGUACUACAAUGAAAUCAGCUGCUACUAUUUAUUCAAAAAUUAUACAAGAGUUAGGUAUGCCUGCACCAAAAUCUAGUAAAAGUAGCAAAGCGAUAAUUGAGAAAUAUUUGAUGUCCAACCACAAAAUGUUACUUUUAAUUCUUGAUGAAAUAGAUCAAUUGGAAAGCAAAAAUCAAUCUAUUUUAUAUUCCAUAUUUGAAUGGCCAUCAAAACGCGAUACAAAACUUAUCUUAAUUGGCAUUGCUAAUGCUCUGGAUUUGACAGAUAGAAUUUUACCACGUUUACAAAUGAAGUGUGAGUUAAAGCCACAGCUGAUGAAUUUUCCUCCAUAUACGAAACAGCAAAUAUGUAAUAUUGUAUCUACAAGACUCAGUGAAGCAAAUGUGUCUGAUGUGUUGACUGGACCAACAUUACAAUUGUUAGCUGGAAAAGUUGCUGCCAUUUCAGGAGAUAUAAGAAGAGCAUUAGAUAUAAGUAGAAGAGUUAUUGAGCGUGCAGAAUCACAUUGGACAGCACAAAUUUUACAGCCUGUAAAUAAUACAGGUAGUCCAAGGAAAGAUCAAGCCAUGAAUGAGAAGUCAGUUGAUAUAAAAGAUGUAGUAACAGUAUUAAAUGGAGUUUAUGGAGGUACUCAAAACAUUGAUAAAGAAGAAAGCACACUUCCCUUACAACAAAAAUUAUUAUUAUGUUCCUUUAUGCUUAUUUUAAAUAAGGGACGAAAUAAAGAUGUUACAAUAGGAAAGUUACACGAAAUUUAUAAAAAAGUAUGCAAGAAGCGAAAUAUUCAUGCUAUAGAUAUUUCUGAAUUUGUAUGUUUAUGUACGUUAAUAGAAACUAGAGGAGUAUUAAAAAUAAUAAAGAAAAAGGAGGCUCGUUUAUCAAAAUUAAGUUUACAAUGGGAUCAAGAAGAAAUUGGUGCAGCAUUAAAAGAUAGAAAUAUGAUGGCUGAAAUAAUCAAUGAUGUAUCUUGCUUAUAAUAAUUGUAUUUAUUUUUAUAUCUUUAUUAGAGAAAUUGUUUGGAUUAGUAAAAUGUCUUUUUACAGUUACAAUGUAUAUAAGAAAAUUUUUAAUGUUAGUUAAAUUAGUUUAAAUGUUAGUGUUAAACAAUUUUAUAAUGUAUAACUGAUGAUAUAGUGAGUCAUUGUAAGAAGGACUAACACAAAAUGGAUAAAAUAUGAUGAUAUCAUAUA